AAAUUGUUUUUUUACACUUGUAAAGAUCAUCUGGUUCCUGGUUGCUUGCUGUCCGCGGAAUUGUGCUCUAACAGUGAUAAAAAUUACAGAUAAAUCCAUAGAUUACAUGAAAUGAGUGCCAAGCCUGAUGAAGACGAUGACGAUUGGUUCAAUAAAGAUAUUGAUGAUUUUGUGGUGAAUGUACAGAAAUCUUCAGCAGGCCAACAAUCGGAAGACUCCACUGAAAAUGGGGCUUCUUUGUUAGAAACACUUAAUAUUAAACCGAAGCAAUUCUACGAAGAUAUCGACGGUAAUUAUUUUGACCCAUUCAACGCCGCCAAUGUCGGCACCUCCAGCAAAACCAAGUUUAAUUUACAAGAAGAAAACGACAAAUAUGUACAAAAGAUUCCAUUCUCUAAGUUGCUAAAUCUGUCGCAAAAUGACAGCCGGGAACUUUUCCUGGACAUUUACAGCCAGAAAGAACAAUUUAUCAAAACUGUAUCCCAGGGGAACGUAGGCGACGAGCUGCUUUUAGUGACUAUGAAAAUCAUGAAUAAAAUUGGCGCUCUGCCAUUGAAUGAGAUUAAUGAGGAGCUUUUCUCGAUACUAACUAAAACUGAACACUUCUGGGACAAUCAAAUAAAAUUUUUCAAGCGAAGCACGAAUCAGAUGGAAGUAAAAAAGAAGAAAGGAAAGCAAAAGUUACAGGGAGUUAGUACGCUGGAUAUGCUUGGAGCGGUUGGCAAGAUGCUUGCAAACAUUCGAAAAUUUGUUGGGGUGAAGAAACGGCUGACAAGCUUUGUUGACGAGUUAAGUCAGGUGUUGACCAAAGCGAAUGUUAAGGUGGACGAACUUAGACACACAGGAUCGCUGGUUGGCGCUUCUAGCCCGUGGAAAAAUUUGAAUAUUUAUCCCAAUCUAAAGGAAUUAAAAGGACCUGGAUCUGAUCCGAAACCAAAUAUUACCAGCGGGAAAUUUCCCAGCGUUGAACACUAUUUGGAAGUACAUCUAAGCUUGCUAAAGGAAGACUUCAUGAUUCCCCUCAGGGAAGGUAUAAAAGAAUUUAUCGUCCACUCGGAGCGAACACCUUCGUUGGAAGAACCGUACUGUGGUGAUAGUAUACGAGUACAUUACUGUGUGAAACUACUUCUGCCGUCCAGCGUCAAUCGGCGCUCCGGAAAGGAAGAGCUUGUGAUAGUAGAUCUGGAUCCAAACGAGCGUUUACCGGGAGGUAAAUCGUUACGGUAUCAAAAACAAAGUUUUCAAAAUUCGAAACGUCUAAUGCACGGCUCUAUGGUUUGCUUCACCAGCAGUCAUCGUUUCGAGGACCUGAUCGUGGCAAUUAUUAGUCACCGUGAUAGUGAACAACUUGCGAAUGGGUUCAUUUGUAUUGAAAUAAUUAAGGCAGAAAAUAUGAGCAACAUCUUCAAUCGAGACCUUCUGAUGGUUGAAAGCGAAAUCUUUUUCGAACCAUACCAUCACGUUUUCAAUGUGAUGAAAAAUCUGAGGGUUGAAAACUUUCCCCUUAAGUCGUAUAUUGUUGAUAGCCAGCCGCAACAGCAAUAUCCAGACUAUAUUGCGCGGGAUAGAAAGGCGCUGUUCAGUCACAAAGGUCAACAAUAUAACAUUAAAGUGCCAAGCGAAUGGCCGGAAAGCGGCACUCCAAUAGGACUAAACCCAUCACAGUACAAAGCGUUCAAGCUAGCUCUUACGCAUAAAUUUACUCUAAUUCAGGGUCCGCCGGGAACGGGGAAAACAUUCAUCGGUCAGGAGAUUGUUCAAGCUUUACUGUCCAAUACCGAACAUCAGAUUUUGCUUAUUUGUUUGACUAAUCAUGCACUGGAUCAAUUUUUGUGCGGUAUUCUACGGUUUACCGACAGUUUAGUUCGAAUGGGCAGUCAAUCGAAACAUGCUCUGCUUGAUAGCUACAACGUGAAACAGCUGAACGAGGAUGUGCUUAUUGAUAAACGGCUUAGGACUUGCUACUACAACACCAAACAAGAGUAUUUAAAGCUAAUGGAGGAAUUUGAAGAACUGCAGAAAGAAGGGAGCAGCGAGGAUGUCGUUCGUUGUCUGAACCGUCUCCAGCAAACGUCACGUCGCAUUCACGAGCUAAAUCAACUAUCAAAUUACGAAUUCGUAAAAAAUAUUCGUGUGAUCGGCAUGACGACCACUUUUGCCGCACGCAAUCACACAUUGCUUCAGUUGCUAAAAAGUCCGAUCGUACUGAUUGAGGAAGCCGCUGAAGUACUGGAGUCGCACAUCGUAGCUUCGCUAACGCCAUCGACCGAACAUUGCAUCUUGAUCGGCGAUCACUUUCAGCUACGCCCAACCACGAGUGUGUACGCGCUAUCUCAGCGAUAUCAGAUGGAUAUAUCGCUGUUCGAACGAAUGAUAAAAAAUAACGUAAAUGCGGCAUUGUUGAGUGAACAGCACCGAAUGCGUCCGGAAAUUGCCGACCUACUGAGACCAACCAUCUAUCGUGAGCUUACGGAUAGUGAAGAGGUUCGAAACUUACCGCAAGUGCGAGGGAUGCGAAAAAAUUUAUUCUUUUUAACACAUAACAUCCCCGAGGAUGGUGCGCGUGAUGAGGAGAAGUCGAAAAAGAACAGCUUCGAAUGCCGGUUCGUGCUUGGUUUGUGUGAAUACCUGGUUGCCCAAGGGUACGGUCCAAACGAGAUCGUCAUUUUGACGCCUUACAAUGGGCAAAUGCUGCAACUGGUGCAGGAGCGCAAAAGCCACGAAAAGCUGCAUGGCAUUCGGAUUACCGUUGUGGACAACUAUCAGGGCGAGGAGGCCAAAAUCGUUCUGCUCACGUUGGUUCGCAGUAACGAGACUGGAUCGAUAGGUUUCCUUGCCUUCCGAAAUCGGAUAUGUGUUGCACUGUCCCGUGCCCAGGAGGGUCUGUACGUCGUAGGAAAUAUGAAUCUUUUGGCCACGGCUAGCAAAACUUGGGAAUCUAUUAAACGUCAGCUGGAGGCACACUCGGCAAUCGGUCCCGCACUGGAGCUGAUGUGCGAACAGCAUCAGAGUAUUAUGCAGGUUGAACAACCCGAGGAUUUUGCUAAAUAUAGCUUUGGCGGUUGCCAGGAAAUGUGCCGCUGCAUGAAGGUAUGUGGCCACCAAUGCGAAAGUUUUUGCCAUGGGAUAAUCUAUCCACAUCGGUCAGUCUGCACCUGCAACCAUGAGGAGGAAGGCGUUUUUCAUUAGAUUAGACUGAAAUCGGAUUUUGCGGUAGGAUUGGUACCUAUUUUGCUUUUAGGUAAUAAAUUCGUACGAGAACAACUACACAGAUUUUAAAGCAUUCUAAGAAGAUUGUCAUAUUUAUAAAAUCAAAAAAGUACAGAUUUACGGACAGGUUGAAAUAUUUUGUAAUUUAUUUAUAGCAGCUUUUAUGCACAUGGAGGAAUUGUAAUUAUUUCUUUCUCUUUGAAAGAGAAUAACACGCAUACUUUAUAUAAUCUCAU